GCCAGAUCGAGAGAAGAAGAUUUUUUUCCUGUUUUCUUCAAGGGCAAAAUGUCCUGGUAUGAAGUGAUUUCGAAAUAACGUUGUAAAACGACAGAGUCGCCAGUGAAAUGCGCUCUCUCAACAAACAACCCAGCCGCUGCACUUGUGAAAACAAUCAUGCGCCAAGCAGUUGCUCUACAGUUUUGUCUAAGGGGUAGCGGAGCGACACACAGACAUGACAUCAAAUAUAGAGUUCAGCAAGAUGGACAUGAAAAAGAGAAUUCACCUGGAGUUGCGGAACCGGACGCCGUCAGACGUGAAAGAGCUUGUGCUGGACAACUGUCGGUCAAAUGAGGGCAAAAUUGAGGGCCUUACUGAUGAGUUUGAGGAACUGGAAUUUUUAAGCACAAUCAAUGUAGGCUUAACAUCAGUCGCCAAUUUGCCGAAGCUAAACAAACUCAAAAAGCUUGAGCUUAGCGAUAACAGAAUCUCAGGGGGUCUGGAGGUCCUGGCAGAGAAGUGUCCCAACCUCACUCAUCUCAACCUCAGCGGCAACAAAAUUAAAGACCUCAGCACCAUCGAACCCCUGAAAAAAUUGGAAAGCCUCAAAAGUUUAGACUUGUUCAACUGUGAGGUGACAAACCUGAACGACUACAGAGAAAAUGUUUUCAAGCUGCUCCCUCAGUUGACGUAUCUCGACGGCUAUGACAAAGAGGAUAAAGAAGCGCCCGACUCUGACGCCGAAGCUUACGUCGAAGGCCUAGACGACGACGAGGAUGAUGAAGAUGAGGGAGAAGAGGAGGAGUAUGACGAAGAUGCAGCUCCAGGAGAUGAAGAUGAAGAAGAGGGAGAGGAGGAUGAUGAGGAAGAGGGAGAAGAGGAGGAAGAAGAGGACAUCAGCGGAGAGGAAGAGGAGGAGGAAGAGUUAAAUGAUGGCGAGGUAGAUGAUGAGGAAGACUUAGAGGAAGAGCGGGGUCAGAAGAGGAAAAGAGAGCUGGAUGAGGAAGGGGAGGAAGAUGAUGACUGAACACGUACCCCACCCCAUUGUUAUCGGAGCGUUUAACCCCUGUAUAUCUGUCCUAUUGUCACUCUGCCAUGGUUUGGGGAGGUUUUCAAAUGGUAGGGGGUGGGUUAGUAUAAACGAGGACACAGUUGAAAUAUUUGUUUUUAGCUUUUUUGUUGUUGAUGUUGUUGUUGUUUUCUUUUGGUUUGGUUUGUACUUUCAGUUUGAUUCCCUUCAUUUUCUCCAAAAGCUCUUCAGAUGGCUGACGACACGGUGUGGAAAUUUAUUAUUGUUGGAAAAAAAAGACCAGUAUGCUCUUGUAAUUUUUCCCUGUCUUUACUGUUGAUGCCUAAAUGCUGGUGAUGACUUAUGUAUUAAAAAACAACAAACAAAAAAAAAACAACCAAAAACCUUUUAGAAGUGCAUGGCUGAAUCUAUUUUAAAGUUGACUACUGGAUUUCAAGGAAGAACAUUUUCUAACCCACUUUUUUAUUGCAUCUUUUAUUUGUGUAUUUUGUUUCUUUGGUGUUUUCAUCAUCAUCAUCAUCAUCACCACUGUGCUGUUUAGGCUUGAAGAAUACAUCAUGGUGUCUGCUUGGACAUGCACAGCUCAACCUCUCAAUGUGAUUUUUAUUUUAUUUUAUUUUUUAAUGUUCAGAGCCGAAUGUCUGCCCUUGUCAGAUGAGCCCUAAACCCCUUCUCCCUUUUGUGUGGAUAGUUCAGAGGUUUCGUGUUCUUUGUAAAUAAUGACCAAAUAUAUUUUUUUCUGAUUCCCUUUGAUAACGGCAGACAUUUUCACAAAUAAUCUCAGUUGUAACCAUUAACUGUAAUAAAAUGAAUAAAAACGCAA